AUGGAAUAUAAAGAAAAGCCCGAGGGCCCCUUCUUUGUCUCCUUUUACGUGACCAACUUCACGGCAUCCAACGAUUUAGCGUCGUACAAAAUAAACGUAACAGACUUCUAUGGAAAUUGCUACGAGUCCAACCUCGUUGGAAAGAAUAAUUACCGCCAGAUUAACUUCCCCAGCAACUACAUCGAGAUAUGCGAAGAAACGGCCAUCAACGAUAUCAUUCAGAGUUGCGUACAGGUAGACGUUUUCGCGAGAAGUAAUAACCCUGAGGGGGAGCCGAAUGGCAGGAAAGAUGGUGGUAGCGGUGACGAGAAGGGUGAUGAUAACAACAGAAGCGGAAACAAUGGCGGCGAUAACAACAGAAGCGAAAACAACGGCGGCGAUAACAACAGAAGCGGAAACAAUGGCGGCGAUAACAACAGUGACGAUGGCCUCAGUAGCAGCUUUGUGCGCGUCGGGUCGGACCGCAUCAAGGCCUUCCCCUUUCUGCACGACCAGCUAAUCAUCACGAGAAAGGUCGUCGUGUCGUACAAGUGCGGAGAGCGAGGGGGGGAAGACCCCCCAAAUCAGAAUGAAGCAGACCAAGCGGGUGAGCCGGGGGGUCUUGGCGACAAGGGCGACAAGAACGACAAGGGCGACAAGAACGACAAGAGCGACAAGAACGACAAGGACGACAAGAACGAACAAAAAAAAAAAAAAAAUAGCAGACAAGGAUGAGUUUUCACAUCACGCUGAAUAUAAAUUCCCUGGUGGGCCACUACUCUGGGAGGUCCUCGUAUAACAUAAUGAGCAUGAAGGUUAACUUGGAGAAUCACUCCUGCGAGAUGGCCCAGCCUUUCUCGUCGUCUAGUUAUGAGCAAGACAAAUACAAAAUUGUGUGGAAAAAAAACGACCUGUACAAGUACAGAAAUAUAAAGGUAGCGUAAAUGGACGCCCUCUGCGGAAGGUUCGAAGUCAACAUUUCGGACGUGAUAACAAACACAGUCAUCAACGCCAAGUACCAGCUGCACUCCAUGAAUUCACCAAAGGGGGAGGCGAAAAGUGGCAGGGAAAAUGAAGCCAACGAAGAGUCGUUCGUCUACGGAGGGGCUUACGUCCUACUGACAAUUCAGUUUUACAAGCGUAUGGGGAGAACAGCCGGGGAAUCGGAAAAUGGCGGAGCUUAGAUGGUUAACGUGAAGGGAGUCGCUCCAGAGAGCGAUAAGAAGGAGAGCGAGUGCGUCGAGGAUGUGUUUAACAGGUCCAUCCUGGAGGGCAUCCAGUACGUCAACCUCCAAAUCGACAAGCUGAAGGAGGAGGACCAAAUAAAGAUUUACAGAAAGUCCAAGGAGUACGUCUCCUUCCUGGACAGCUUGAGGGAAACGCCCACGUACCUCAACCUUUACAACAACAUCAAAGACGUCAUGAUCAAACUGGCGUACGAAAUUGUGCGGAAGAAGGUUUACAAAAAUUUUAACCUCCAUGAUGACGUGGCGUGUGAAGAGGAGGACGGUCAGGUGAAGGAGCAAACCGCAGAGCAGACCGUAGAGCAAACCGCAGAGCAAACUACAGAACAAACUACAGAACAAACCACAGAGCCAACCGCGCAAACAAACAUGGUGGAAAAAAAACCGCCCUGCGGAAAGAAAGCCAUGUCCGAGGAAAACGAAAACUGCAUCCUGGCGCAUCUGUUCAACCUCGUGCACGAAUCAUCCAACGUUAUCAUUAAUGGCUACUUCGAGAAGGAAAACCACCUUAACAAAAACACAUUACAAGAAAUAAAAAAAAAAUAAAUGCUGCUACACUACUCGGAGUAUGACGAGGAGAAAGACGACACACACAGAGACAAUUACAUGUACGAAAAAAAAUAUAAAAAAAACAGAAAUAAAAAAAAUAAAAAUAAUAAAAAAAACCAGGAAGACAUGUUAACAUGGGUCAUAAACGCCAUGCAGGAAAAAAACGCCAAUUCUUAUUUGUUCCAUUAUAUGGAUCACUUUGGUGAAGUGAUGCUACACCGAAGGGGAGUAAAUUGCGCGGCGGAGGGAACAUCUGAGGGGGUGCCACCUGUUGAGAUACCACCUGUUGAGAUACCACCUGUUGAGGCACCACCUGUUGAGGCACCACCUGUUGAGGCACCACCUGUUGAGGCACCACCUGUUGAGGCACCACCUGUUGAGGCACCACCUGUUGAGGCACCACCUGUUGAGGACGCUGAGCAGGAGAACAUCAUCUCGAUUAUAAACUUGCCACAAAAUGAAGAAAUUAAAAAAAUAUUUAUUCAUGUCCUGUACACAUAUGCCAAAACAUUGCUCAUAAUAAGUAGCCACCCCGGUGGCCAAGCCCACCAGAAACGACAGCGUGUGUGCUACGAGCAGUACUGCGUGGAGAGGAGCGAACGGGCAAAGGACAACCUUUCAGGGGAGGGGGACAACGAGGGGGGUGUCCCAAACGAUCAGAUCUACGACAACUUCGAGUGCCACAACAAUUUCGACUCAUAUGAGAAGUACCUUAACGGAGAAAAUGCGGACGCCUGCAUUUCGUGCCUGUCAGCCUACGUGGAACUUACCAAUUUUGAAAACACCGAAAGCAUUUUCACCUUAGCCCUGGUGUACCUAAACGCCCACAAGUAUGCCGAGGCCGAGAAAUUAGCUAGCUAUUUGAUAGAAAUUCUGAAGAGGAAAGAAUGCCAAAGGAGAAAAAAAGGAGGACCUCCUCCUUCUCCUUCUUCUCCUACUUCUUCUUCCUCUCCUCCUCCCUCCCCCCCUGGGGAACCACCAGAGGAAGAACCCCCCAUGGACAUGAAAAAGUUGCACCUGUACAGUUCAUUUAGCCAACCCCACAUAGACGUAACUGUGGAGAUUUGCAUAUAUAUAAAAGCCUUAUGCUUCUUCUUCCAACGGAACUACGUACAUUACUACAUUAACAUGAGCAUCCUGAUGAGCGCCAACGAAAAUAAGCUGCGGCUGGAGGUUGAGAGGAGUGCCUCUGUGUUGGGGGGUCAUAUGGGGGGAAACGACCCCAGCGGAAAAAAGGCAAAAUGCGAAGAGAGUGAAAGGAGAGAUAAGACAGGGUUCUCCUCCCGCAAUAGCGGCAACGUCGACAAUGUCGGGGAUGUCUCAGGUCUCUCAGGUGUCGCAGAUAAUGCGAGUGACGAGGAGGGACGAGCCCAAGAUCAAAAUAGGAAAAAAAAAAAAAAAAAAAAGUACGAAAGGAGGAGAAGACACACCCCAAGGAAACCCCGAAGGUAAAUGUUGUUGUUUUUGAUUCACUGCAUAAAAUUGAACAUACUAAAUGUCGUGAUGUUUAUUCACGAAAAUCGACGCAAGUUUUUAACUCAGUCGUCUUUGGAGACACCUCUGUACAGACAGCUCAUCAUCCGCGCGUUCUUUGCAGUGGGAGAAUUCGCCAAAUGUAUGGAACUGAUAGACGAGACGAGCGAGCACCUGCGUAACUUGGACGUCCUGUACAUCUAUGCACAGAGCUCGUAUAAGCUUGGCGACUACCCGAAGUGUGUAGAUCUACUGAAGCGAUAUUUGCCUCUGUGUCGAUUGAGAAAUAUCCGUGUAAAGAUACACCUCCAAUUGAGUAAAAUUUAUCUAUCACUUGGCAAAUUUGAAGAAAGCAAAAAUGAGAUUAAAAACUCACAACAGGUUUGCACAACUAGCUAUUCGUAUCUCUACUUGGCUUGUUACUACUUAAAAAGAAAAAAAUAUCUGCAGGCGUACAGGUUGUUAUACAAGUCCAACGAAAUGAACCUAUUCAAUCACAAAUUGUGGGCUUAUCUAUGUAUGGCGUUUUUGCAUCUCGGUAUGCGGGACCAAGCUGAUAAAUGUUUAGGCAACUUUAUAAAAAUGAAAAAGUACGACAAGGCGAUUAUUUUCGAAAUGGUGGAGGCAUACAAAGAGGUUGGAUACGAGGAGGGAGGGCAGGUGUUGUUAACUGUGCAUCCUGCAGGGGGAAGCUGA